AUGGCCGCAUCAUACGACACAACCUUCGGCUUCAACGGCGCCCCUAUAAUCGAAAACCGAACCCUCGACGAGAUCCACCAAGCCGCCCUCGACGAGGGCGGCAUCGUCACAGUCUGGCACGGGGGGGACGAGACCAACCAACAAGAUGGCCUCAAAAGGGCCUUUGAGGACCGGUUCCCCGGCAUGACCCUCAACAUCACCGUCGACGUCUCCAAAUUCCACGACGGCAACAUCGACCGCCAGCUCGCCCUCGGCGCGGGCGCGCUGUACGUCGACACGGCGAUCCUGCAGACCCUGCACGAUUACCCCCGCUGGGACCUCGAGGGCGCGCUGUUACACUACCAGCCUGUCCAUUUCGAAAAGGUUCAUCCUGCGUUCCGGGAUGUUCGCGGGGCGUGGCACGGGGUUUCGAUUUUUGCGUGGACGUUUAUUUGGAAUACGGACCGGGAGGAGGAUGGGCCUAGGGAGUUUGCGGAUUUCCUGGAGCCCAGGUUUAAGGAUAAGCUUGUUCUUACGUACCCCAACGACGACGAUGCGGUGCUGUACGCGUUUGACCUGAUCAUGCAACAAUUCGGCUACGAAUGGUUCGAAAAGCUCCUCGCGCAGAACCCCCGCUGGGUCCGCGGCACUGGCAUGCCCGUUACCCUCCUCACCUCGCCGAACACCACACUCUCCGCCACCUUCACCGCGGACAUCGGCCUCGUCCCCACGGCGCCGCUGAAUCUCUCGAUCCCAACCCAAGAGGGCAGCUUUGUGACGUGGGCGCAGAGGGCGGCCAUCUUUAAGGAUGCGCCGCACCCGGAGGGCGCCAAGCUGCUUCACAACUUUAUGCUGAGCGACGAGUACCAGUUGACGACGGGGUCGUGGAGCGUGCGGAAGGAUGUCGCGCCGCCGGCUGGGUAUCCUGGGCUUAUGGAUAUCAAGUCGACUAAUCCGGUUGAUUUUGAGAGGUUUAUGGGGAACCGGGUGCGUGUGGAGCAGUUGAAGUUGUUUUUUGAGGAUAAACUUGGGACUGCGCAGGGGUUGAGUCCUCUGAUUGAUGAAUUGUGA